GAAAUGGGUUUGAUAUCAUUGGUGCAAAUGUUGCUUUUCUUGAUCAUAUGAAAUGACACGGUAAUGGACUUCCUGUAUGUUCCUCUAGCUUCAAGUGCUCGCUUUUGGCACGCGCCCCUACGCUUCCACUACAUACCCCACCUCGUGUGUGUGUGUGCACGCUAAGGGACCAAACUGGGAAGAGGAGGAGGAGCCGGGGGCUCGUGCGUUGCCCCUUCCCUUCCCUUUUCCUCCCUCCCUCCCUCCCUCUCGUAUUCUUUUCAAGCGAGAAUGAAAAUAACAGCGCGCGAGAGGGGGGAGCUGUUGUUGGUGGUGCUGCUGCGCUGAGCGGAAAGGCGUCGUUUUCGUCGCGAUUCGAGUCACGCGAGGAGCAGCAGCGAACACACGCGGAGCAAGAAAGGUAAAGGAAGGAAAGGGAAGGCGCCGUGAAGACGUCAAAAAAAAAAACCGGAGAAAAGAGGAGAAUCAGUGUGCAUUGAAGUGCACGAGCGUCGAUUUCGUGUUCCACUCCGUCCGCAUCAUCGUCACUCCUCCUCCUCCUCCGCCUCAUCACCAUCCUAAUCAUCAUCAGCGGCUAAAGCAACCGGGCAUGGCCGCAUCCCCCUCUUCCUCAUCAACGGCGAUCGGCCGCGCGCGGCAUCGCCAGGGCUGCGGCGUCGGCGCGCGGUCGCACGCGGGCGUCGUGUUCACGCGCGGCUGUCAGUGAACAAGAAGCGCCUCCCCGUGCUGCAGGUUCUCUCCUGCAGAGGACCGGGCAUCUUUCAGGCCGCCGUCAGACCGCCCAGAUCUAUCUUUCUCUUUCUCUUUUUCAACAUUUGCAUAUAAACAUAUCUAUAUAUAUUUCUAUUUGGAUUUUUUUUUCUACGCAAAAAGCACGCGACCGCAUCUGGACCCCCCAAAGUCGGUUUGACUUUCACCGCGCUCGAGCCUAAACAAAGGGCCGGAUCUUUCUUCGCUUUUUUUUAAAGCUUUCACUCAAUCUCUGGAGACCCCCCAAACCGGGCGAUGGAUAAAGCAGCAAUCGGUCUUAAUACGAAUAAAUUUCACCUGGCAGAAAAGCUAAUUCACCGAAGGGGAAAGGAUGCAGGAUGUCAAAGGCACACAUUUCAUAGUGGUUACUUUGCCUUCGCAACUACUACUAGGUGAACGUUGACCUGUGAAUUGACGAGCCUCGGCUUUGAGAGCCAGUAGAAACCAAAAAGGAUGAAAAUGCGACGUCACAGAGUGUUUUUGCUUUGCACUGUGGGGCUGUGUGUCAUUUCGUUUUUGCACUACUACAAGGCCCUGCAUUACGUGUCACUGCUACGGGAACUUACAGCACCAUAUCCAAACAUCAAGUCCUUCAUAAUGGUGACUGGAUUCUUUUGGAAAGAGAAAGCCACCCCACUGUCUAGUGCCUCUCCAGAAGAGGGUCCUCCUCCAGUUCUUAGACCCUCAGAGACCAGGCACCGAGCUCAGGAAGAACUCGGGGGCAUGGGUGCAGGAGUAGAUGGAGAACCAGAAGCACCACAGCCUUGGGUGAGGCCAGAGGAACCACAACACAAGGAUCCAGACUCCGAGCAGAAAGAAGACAUGAAGUUGAUUAUGUGGCAACCCAGUAGUGCAGUGCACCAAGGAGUGGACCUUGUGAGAUUGAAUUCUCCUAGUGUUAUAGUGAAGAAACAGGAAUCCCAUCAUGCAUCAACUCCAGACCCCAUAAAAAUUUUGGGUGACUUGCACAAGCGCCACUUCAUCCUCCAGGAGGACAACACACCUUACUUUGUCCGGACAAAAGCUGGUGCCCUGUGCUUCCGGCAGGGGACAGAGAUACUGCCCCCGAGAGAUGAUUCUGGGGCAGGAAAAGGUAAGCCUACAGUGGCUGAGGUCCAUCAUAGGAACAUCUUGCAAGUUGCAGAGGACUCCAAUGCACGAGCCAAAUUGGUGGAAGACUCCAGUCCCGGCCGAUUGAAGCCCAAACGUGGCAAGCGUCUUGUAAAGUGUGUUUGCCGUUCUGGUUGGCACGGUCCCUACUGUGGAGUGCCCACAAUGGUGUACCACUCAAACCUCCCGACCAAAGAGAGACUGACCCCUCGUGAGAAGCCUCGACGCAUAAUUAAUGCGAUUAACAUCAACCAUGAGUUUGACCUGCUCCACGCUCGUUUCCAUGAGUUGGUUAACGCUGUUGAUCUCUUUCUUGUAUGCGAGUCUAAUUUCACGGCAUAUGGAGAGCGCCGCCCACUAAGCUUCCUGCAUAUGCUGCUGAAUGGGACUUACAACUACAUGCGUCAUAAGAUCCUUUAUGUAUUCCUGGACCACUUUCCCGAUGGCGGCCGACAGGACGGCUGGAUUGCUGAUGACUACCUGCGCACUUUCCUUACAAGAAAUGGCAUGGGUAGAGUGCGGGGUGCACGUCCUGAUGAUGUUUUCCUCAUCAAUGAUGCUGACGAGAUCCCGGCUCGUGAGGGCAUUCUUUUCCUCAAGCUGUUCGAUGGCUGGACUGAGCCAUUUGCCAUCCACAUGCGCAAAUCGCUCUAUGGCUUUUUCUGGAAGCAGCUUGGCUCUCUCGAAGUGGUUUCAGGGUGCACAGUGGGGAUGCUCAAGGAGGUCUAUGAAAAUGAUGGCAUCCGCUUGCGCCGGCGCGAGUACUACACCAUGCCUAAUUUCCGCAAAUACGAGAAUGACACGGGACACAUCCUGGUGCAGUGGUCACUUGGAAGCCCAUUCCAUUUUGCUGGAUGGCACUGUUCCUGGUGCUUCACUCCCGAGGGCAUUCACUUCAAACUUGUAUCUGCCCAAAAUGGUGACUUCCCUCGUUGGGGUGACUACGAGGACAAGCGGGACCUUAAUUACAUUCGUGAGCUGAUCCGAACUGGGGGUUGGUUUGAUGGCUCUGUACAGGAAUACCCUCCCACGGACCCUAAAGAGCACAUGUAUGCCCCAAAGUAUAUGUUAGACAAUUAUGAGAACUAUCGCUACCUGCUGGAGAACCCUUAUGUUAAGCAGCCUGCUCUAAAUGGGGGGUAAUGAGGAGACAAGGUGGACUUUAAAUGUAGUUCAUCUGAAUUUUAAAGAAAUAAAUCCAGUGGAAGUUAUCAGGAGAGGAAGGGAACCAAACUCUGCCUACAUCCCCCCCCCUUCUUACUCAUUGGAUCAUAUUCCAAAGGUAAUUUACUUCCAUCCAGUCUCUGGCAGAGCUGGGUGGGACCAGCCAUGACCAUGGGUGAACAUAUGUGAUUUUUUUUUUUUCUUUUCUAUUGCUGUUUGCUCAAUGGAUAUGCAGAAUCCAUCAAAAGACUGUUCCAGACCACUCUAUUUAGUGAUGGGUUUACUAAACUAUGGCCCUUUGUGUGAAAGAGAUAAAGAGAGUGUGUGUGUGUGUGUGUGUGUUGUGAUUGGCCUUCAUGGUUCUCGGUGCACUCCUAUAAUUAUUUUGCUUGCAGACUUUGAAAAAAUGAAAACUAAACAUGCAGAUUUAUCUUAUAUGUUUGACCAUUUUUAAAAACCACAAUAGGCUUGUUACAGCAGUCAGUGGAGCGAUUUCCCUAUGAAAGAGGGAAAGAAUUCUAAAUCUGAUACCAUUUGUGAAUGCGUGAAACAUGAGUUAAUGCAGCACUUUGAGUCCAGAUUUCGCUCUGAUUUUUAAAGCCAGUGGGGCGAUAUACUUUUGCACUCUUGGCCAGUGGCAUGAACUGCACUCAGAGGGUUCAAUUAUGGAGAAAGAAAAAAAUGUCUUGGAUGUUGGGUGACAUUGUCAGUCAGUUAUGGUGAAUAGAGAAGAAAAGGAGAAAUGAAAGGAGUCGGAAAAGAGAGCAGAAGUAGGUCUGUCCCUUUCAUCGCUUAAGCUGAACGGAAAACGUUAUGGUUGGUGGCAAUGUUCAGCACAGCAGGAGCCCAUUUCAGUAGGCAAGGCAUAUAGAAGCAGACAAUAUUCCCUUGUCUCUUUCCAUCCUUCUCUCUUGGUCUGUCUUUUUGUUGUAGGGCAGAUUUUUGGUGAAAUAGACGGCGAUGUUUUCACCGACAAACCUGUAACCAUUUGAGUUUGUUAAAUCGUUCUUUUAGGCAGUAAAUUAAACGUCACAGAAAACUAAUUGUAAUUUUUGUAAAAUUGCAAAUCAAAAGCAGGAGAGCCUGGAAUGGGGUGAAUCUCACUCCAAAUUACCAUGAUGUGUAAAUUUGGUAGGACAUGGCCUUCUACACCAGGUGCUGAAUGAAACGAAAGCAAAUAUGAACACGCUUUGCAAUAUAGAAUAAAUUAUAAAUCAAAUGGAAAAAAAUGAAAAAAUUGAACCAGGCUGCUGUCAGCAACAUUCAGAAUUAAAAAAAAAAAACCUUCAUAGUAUAUGCAUAUUAUAAGCUGAUGUAAAUGUGGCUAUCUAGACACAUCCAAAACAUUUCUCAUAUAACUUUAUCUCAAGCAGCAGUGUGUAUUGUGUCAUUGUGGGGGUAUGAAUAGUGGGGUAGUAAACCAGCAGGGGUUGUAUGGGAAUAAAAAGAGGGAGAGGGAGAUCAGCUAAAUCCCAGCAUUCAAAUGAGGUCACAAAGUCCCCAGUAUGGGGUGUUCACAUCCGUGUGUGUGUGUGUGUGUGUGUGUGUGUGUGUGUGUGUGUUCGAACAAAACUCUACAUUGCAACAAAUCCAUUCAUGAGUGUCAAAUAUAGGGAGGAAGAGAAGCAACAAAAAGAACCGACACAUUUUCUGUGCAUUUUUAACAAAAUCACAGUACAUUUUUUCAUGUCUCCUUCUUUUUCUGUCGAACAAACUCCACAUUUGACCCCCUCGAAACACAAACACACACCCACACAAACCCACACACACAUUUCCCCUCCCUGCGUUUCUCUUCCUUGCCGGCUUUAGAGCACUCCCCGCCUGCCAAAAAUAACCCUGGAUUUAUGACGGUGGGAUUUUUUUUUCCCCGCCACACUAGCUGCUUCUUGUGUGUAGGAUUUGUGCCUUUUUUCAGUCCUUCACACCAGAGGAUGAUGAGGAUUUGAUGGGCAUCGUGCUCAACCGGGCACGCCAAGCUCUGCCCUGCUGCAUCAGGCAGGGCUGUUUCCAUGGUGACAUGCCAUCGCUGGCUGCGAAGUGAACAUUAUUCAAAACAACGUGGCGACAUUUCCAUACCUAAAUGAAACUUUGAUCUGACCAGAGAGGGUUGUUGAGGGUCGUUGUUUAAUAAGCAAACGGACAAACGAAUCGGUGCGUACGCUCUCGAAUCCGAAUGCGUUUCUGAUCAGCAUGCAUUCUGUGCAGGUGCAUUGUGCUGAUAGCAAAAAAUUGGUUUUGUGAGGAAAGUAUGUAUUUGACCCCCCUUUUUUAUUAAAAAUUUAAUUCAGCUGUCGUAUAUAUUUAGGGCCUGAAGGAUUGAGGGGCGGGGCCUCCUGGGUGUAAAAAAAAAUCAAGGUGGUGGUGUACACACUUUUGAGACCCUCAAAAAUCUAUCUAAAAUAAUUGUAUAAUAAUUUAGUUUCUACAAAUUUUUUUCUUCAGACCUCAUUUCAAAAAGCUUCAGGGGCCGUAGUUGGUUUAAAAAAUUGAUUUUGGUCGAGCGAAGAAAAAAAAUCUGAAGUUGUGAAAUCGAAACCGAGUGCCUUGGAGACUAAUCGAGUUCAGGGUGUGUUCAAAACAGUCCUCUUGAUAACUACCGGGAAUCUGAAGGAGGAUGCCUGUUUUAGAUGCCUGUGUUGUGCAGUCAUCGCUCUCUUCGUGUGUGCUGCUGACGCAGUUUCUCUUUCCCCCCCAAGUGUGCACUUGCUCUGAGCGCUGAGUCAGAACAGCAAGAGGAUUAAGAGGAUGCACUUUAAUAGCGUCGCCCUCUAAGCUGCUGCGUUCGGGACAAAGCUCCGCUGUGCCCUGUCACAUCUGCAAUGCAGCAGUGCCGUGUUUACAGCCGGGAUCCUGGAUCCCUAACAAGCUUUACAGAUGUAUGCGCACAGCUGGACACACGCUCACUCGGUGGCACGACAAGUUACUUCUACUGCUGAACAGUAACACAAGCAUGACAUUCUUUGCUGCUUCUGGGCUGUGUUUCAUUCAGAAAGAAUGAAGCCUCUUUGGACUCCUCAUAAGCACCUCCGGAUGUUUCGUUUGAGUUCCUGAAUGAAAACAUAUCGCAAAAUCGGUUCAAAUGACAUCGUCAUAAUAGUUGACAAUGCGCACUAGCCAGUUACUUCACCUCUAGUGUGUACCAGUUAUGUUAUAAUAGUUCUAACAUUUUAUAUAAUAAAAUAAACGUUGGCGAGCUUUGAAUAUCUCUUGAAUAUAAUAGUUAGCAUAAUAUUGGGUAGUUUACCUGUAAAAAAAUCAAGCAAUUUCUUUUCUUUGCACAAUGAGACAGUUAGCCGAAAGUUCUCCAGCCAGCUUGUGGUCUAAUGUUAUUGUUAAUGUACAUUAGCUAGUUUACCACCGGUACAAAUUACUCAGUGUAAUUGUUGGUAUAAUGUUUGCUAGCUUGCUAGGUUUGCUAAUCUCAGGUUUAAGUAACGUCUGCUUUUUUUAAAUUGUUGAUAAGAUGGAGCUUUCUAGGCUUUCUUUUCCUAAGAAUUUUGAGACUUUUACCCAGCCUCCAGCAUUCCAACAUGCAACAUUUCCAUGCUAGUAAACUGAUUAGCCUUCAAAGACGCCCAGGAGGCCCAGGAAAAUGUAUGUCCUAUAGAUCUGUUAAUAUUAAAAUGUAACAUCCAAGCUUGUUGACACAGGGAUGCCUGUCGCUUGACAAAAUCGGUACGUGCGCCACAUGACCUGGCGAUUCGAUAUGCCGAGAGAGCAGAUAAGUGUGAGAAUUGCACCGCAGGAAGUCUCAGUCAGCAUAACAUGAACAUGAACAGCUGACUGAAAUCGGAAAUAUGAUUCUUAGUUCUUUAGUAGGGGGAGGUGUAGGGAAAAAAAGCCUUGAUGUUUUCACUUUGGAAUGCAGUCUUGAAGAGGAAGUCUAGAGGAGGAAACUGCGAUUUUAGCUUCUGUAUUGUUCACCAAAGUCUGAACAAACAUACAAUUUUGUGCUUCGCCCUUCACAAGCGCACCAUCUUACCGCUGAUUUAAAACAAAGGUCAGGAAUUCGUAGUAGAAAAGAAACUAAACACCUCUAGAGUGAUAGCAGUAAUUUCACUUUGGUCAAAAAAGUCAGCACAACAGCAAUACAGACACAAACAUUGCUCUAGAGAAGAAAAGGAAACAGUUCUUGGAACACAUAUUAAAAUUGGUGCAGAAAAAGUCUAAAUUUUCUGUAGUCCUGGAUAGAGGUUUCUGUGGGGAAAAUAUACUCAAAAUAUACACUGAAGUUAAUGUUCCUGAGGUAAAAUUUUGGAAAAUCAUUCUGAAAAUCUUCCAAAACUGCUGGGAAACUGUUACAAGUUUCUAGGAUAGAAAAGCUUCCCAAGUUCCUGAUUUCCUGUAAAUGUUCCUUUGAUGAAAAUCUUCUGAGAGUGCUUGGUAUCCUUGAUAAGGUUUCUGGGCCGGUAAUCUUUCCUAAUUUCCUAAGUUCCUGUAUAUGUGAAAUGUUAUAAAAGUAUUGGUACCCCUGGAAAGGUUUCCCAGGCUAGAAAUCUUUGCCAAGGUGCUGAAUUUGUGCAAAACUUCAUUUAUUGGGCGGAGGUUUCUGACAUUCUCUAAGAAGUCCCUGCAGUGCGAGUUUUCCCAAAGCUGGCAUCCCUAAAAUGUUUUUCGGACAUAAAAAUGCUUAGCAAUUUCCUGAAAUCUUGUCAAAUAUGAACAUGUUCACAAAGUGAUGGCAUCUCUGGAACCAAAAAUGGGUUUCUGCAAGAGAAAUGCUCCCCAAGUUCCUGUAAUUACUGAAAGCUUCUUGGGUUGGAAGGCUUUCCAAAAUUAUCGUAUUUGUGAAAAGUUUCCUGAGAUGUUCCAUAUUUCUGCAGGACAAAGUACAGGAAUUCAGGUCCUUGGGUUCCUGAAAAGGUUCCUGUGGGGAAUAUACAAAGAGAAGGAUGGAGGGGAAAAUGGGAAUAUGGAACGCUGGCCUGUUUAAUGAAAAGUGCUCCUCAAAGGCAACGAAUCAAAGCAUGGCAUCUAUUUUAAUGGCCUUAUAAACGAUCCAAUUAUCUGACAUUGGAUAAUAGAGGAGCGCAAACGAGCUGAGAUUGCUUUGAUUGUUGUUGUUUUUUUCUUUCUUUGUUGUUCACCUGAGAGACCGAAAGGGGAAAAAACUUUUCAGUGGGAAACAAAAACCCUGAAAAGCCAGACACGUUAGAAGAAAUCUAUUUGGGCCGCUAGAGAGUGGAUGGUUCCUGUGAGGCACAGAUUAUUUCUCUUUACAUCAAUAAAGUGGCACAUUGUAUUCAACUUUGUACGUUAUAUGGGCUUAAGAGUGAAAAACGGAGUCCCGGAAGGCAUUCGUUUUUUUGUUUGCUGAAUGUGAGGUGAACGAGGGAUAGCUCGCAGAUGAUUGGCUGCUACCCAAACCUGUGUCUGUUCUUACUAAUCAUUCAUUUCUAUAGGAGUUGCACUAGGGAUCUGUGUAAAUGCAUAAAUCUCUCUCUCUCUCUCUCUCUCUCUCUCUCUCUCUCUCUCUCUCUCUCUCUGUCUCCACUAAAAAGCGUUGUUGUCCUGUUGGGUUUGUUUGCUCUUCCUUUGAUGGUUGUAAUGAUUUAUGAGCCGGUUGUUACUCUGCAUGUCCUUGUUUCCUGUUUAAGUUAUUUGAAUCAUGUUUAUUUCAAAAAAAUUAAAGGGAUAAAAUAAUUGUUUGUUGAAGCAGACAGAAAAAAAGAUACGUAAAGGAGUGGAGAGCUAUUUAGUUUUGAAGCACUGUCUAGCCAUCUAUGACUUGUUCCUGUCUGUUCUUCCUGUUGUCAUAAAAAUCAACACUUGGAACUGAUAUUACUGAAACAUAUCUGAUAUGCACUUGUUUUUUUGUUUUUUUUUCCCAUUUAAUUAUUAUGUACCUGUGAAUUUUUUAACCCAUCUAUCAGGGAUCUCUGCCUGUCAAUGUAGUGCUGCUUUUCAGUUUUUUGUUUCUCUCUCUCUCUCUCUCUCUCUCUCUCUCUCUCUCUCUCUCUCUCUCUCUCCCUCUCAUAUACCACAGUCGGGUCCUGUGUAAAAAUAGCAGCCAAUCAUUUCAUUUCAUAAUCGAGAGCAGUGGUAAUAGUAGAACAAAUAGACUGUGUGUGUGUGCACGUGUGUGUACACACUCCAUAUGCUGUGUUUUAUCGUAUUUUAUAGCUUGCGACAGAUAGACACACACACGUGCAACACACACAAGAGUCAGGAUUGUAAACAUUACCUGAUACACAAUGUGGAUACUGUGUGUGUGUGCUUGGUUUAUCUAUCUGACUCAUCACACACUCUUUCACACUUGACUUCUCUCCACUGAUCCGCUGUUAGGUCAUUAAUCGAGGAUGCAGGUCUAAUCAUCUACUGUGUAUAAUGUAUAUUAUCAAGCUACAUACUCUGAAUAAGUCCAGAGGCUUUUUCCCCCUAUUAUCUCAAGAUCAAAUAGUCUCUAGAUAAUGUUUUUUUGUUUUUUGUUUUUCUAAACACAUUUUGAUUUGAUUGGUUGCUGAUUAUCUGUAUAAUAGAGGGGGAAAAAUGGCCGCAGUGAAAAAGGUAAAGAUUUGCGGAUCCAUGGCACAGAGUUUCGGCGAUUUUAAUUCAUUUGCUUGGUGCCUUGCAGCAUGAUAAUGAUGGAUGACCUCUGUGGAUUUCACUAACCUGCAUCUGUUAAUAAUUUCUUUCAUUAUUAGCAUUCUUUUGCAAUGAAUCAUUAGGUUUCAAUGAAAAACCGAGGUUAAAUUUUUUAUUUUUUUUUAUUUCUGUUUAUUUCUUACUUCUUUUUUUUCUGCUUGGACGAACCAGUUUCCUUUUUUCUGUACUUCUUAUCACAAAGGAGCACUGCACUGGGUUCAGUUCUGUUGUUAACAUGGCCGUGUCCUCGGAAUAAUCUUAAUCAUGUCACGUGAUGCUAGAUUGUAACCACUAGAGGGCAUGAGAAGCCUCAGCUGAAUCUGUUCAGGUCCCACCAUCGACCCCAACGUCUGUCUCGCUGCAUCGUCCCGAAAAUAAGUCAUGAGGCACAAACAGACCUAUACUGACCCGCAGAGUCUGCCACAAACACUAAAUGUGUAUAAAAACUUUAAUUCUAUCAGAGCCCGGGUUGCCAGAUUUAGUUCCCAGCCUUCCUGGGUUUUUUUUUCCUGCAAGUAUCCAAGGACUGCUGCAAGGUCUACAUAUACACUGAGCAGUCUUGUCAUGUUUUUGCAUCUUCCUUUUAUUUAUUUAAUUUUUAUCUCUAAAGACAAAGGAAGGAUGCGGUUUAGGGGGAAAAAAAACCCACUCUGUGUAAUUGUGUUUGUUUUUCGGUGGCUUGGCAUCGCCUUUCUUUUCAUUGCGUGCUCACAUUUUUGCAUUUCUUUCUUCAUUUGUGUCCCUUUCAGGGUUCAACCACUUCACUAAAAUAUCUUUCCCAGCAGAGCAAGAGAGUAAAAAAACUGAAAAGAAAAAAAAUGCUGAUGUAUUUACAUAAAAGAGCGCAUUUAUGAGACGAAAUGACUUAUUUUUUCUGCUCUGUGGUUAAAGAUGACAGUGUAAAUUUAUGAAUUAAUUAAAAAAAAAGAUUUUUUUUUUUUUUUUUUGUUCUGUAUAUGAAUGGCUCUAUGUUAACCUGAACAGAAAAUUAAUGAAUUCUAUGACGGAAACUAUAAUAAAUUAAUUUAAAAAUUGU